AUGGUGGCGGCGCGGCUGCAGGGCCUGGCGGCGGCGGCCAGGGCGGCGCGCGAGGCGGAGCUUGCCGAGCUGAUGGCGCCGCUGCGGGCGCUGGUGGAGGCGCAGCGCGCGGCGGGCGCCGGCGCCAGCGUGGCUCAGCUGGCGGCGCUGAUGGAUGCCGUCGACUCGGCGGUGGCUGCGGGCACGGCGCCUGCGCUGACCGCGCAGCAGCUGGGCAUCAUGCGACAGAUCGCGUCGAUCGCCGCACCCACCGCUGCGGGCGAGGAGGAGCAGCAGCAGCAGCAGCCGUCCGAGGGCGGCGUCGGGGAGGACGAGGGUGACAAUGAGUGGGGUCCCCCACCCGACUCCAGCCGCUGGGACGCCGUGGACGCCUUCCUGUUCAGCCGCGCGGCUGCCUCAGGGGCGCAGGUCGGCCCCUGGUGGUUCACAGAGCGUUUGCUGGUGCCGGGCGGUGGUGAGGCGCCGCCGCCGCCAGCGGCCCCGGAGCUGCAGGGAGUGGACGUGGCAGCGCUCGCGGCGGCUGCGGCCGAGGCGGCGGUGCGGCACUGGGAGGCGCAGGAGCAGGCUCAUGAGGAGGAGAGGGUCAGGCAGCAGCGGCAAGCGGCGGGGCGGGACAGCCAGGUGACCGGUGGCGGGGCCGCCACCGCAAAUGCAUCGGUGGCGCCUGAGGCAGACGAUGCCACUCCUGCAGCCGCAGAAGCAGACGCUCGCGGCCGCCUCAAGCGCAGCCGCACUGGGCGGGUGCGGGGCCCAGAUGCCCUGGAGACUGCCACUGCUGCGCUGGCAGACGGGCGCAAGCGCAUGCAGGCGCCGCUGUCCUCCAUUUUCUGCGAGCAGCUGUUGUCAAUGCUGGAUGCGGGCCUGGAGGAGGGGCCCUCACACUAG